AUGGACGAUAGCAGCUGGGCGCUGCUGCACCCCAUCACUGGGACCGGCACGCUCGGCUUUGUCUUUCUCUCCAGUCUUCCGGCCCUGCACCAGCUUUGGCUGAGGGCCAGCUUCGCUCGCCGCAAUCGUGGUGCCGAAGGCGAUGGAGGUCACGAGGCCGUCCCGCAGCUCUUCGAGAGCCCGGAUGGCCAAGCCACGGCUGAGUCUGUCGCCGCUUUCUCUGACCAUCAACCGCGUCUUGCUGUAUGGACCAGCUUGUUGCUCGGCCUCGCGGCCUCACUCAUCGGCGCGGUCUUGUCGAGUAUCGGCCCAGACGGUGGCCAUUUCUCGCCGACAUCGACUUCUUGGCUGCGAGUCUUGGACAAUUGGAUAGAUGUACCAACUUGGGGCCUCGGCCUUUUGCAGUGCGCCAGCAUCCCUACAAAAUCCCAGUAUGACUGCCGCUUUCUGCUUGCCACCAUCGGCUUCUGGUCUGGCGCCGCCUUGACCACCUCUGUCCUCGUUCGCCACGGCUUCGGGAUCGUUCUCGCUCUGAGCGGCAAGAGUGAGGGCGGCUACAAUGGCGUUGUCGUCGGCGCGGCCGUUUGUUGGCUCGUCGAAGUCCUUUGCGCUCUGGCCGCUUCGCUGGCUUUCGCCUCUUUCCCGCACCGCCCCGACGUAUACUAUCGCGGAGGCCUCGUCGACCAGCAGCACGCCGUGUCGAGAUUGCAGCUGUUUGGCUUCACCUGGAACCGUGUCAUCUUCGACAUUGCCCACGAGCGAAAGCUCGAGCUGGAGGACUUGCCCAACCUCGAUGGCGAGACACGAUCGUCCAGCAUCCUCGAAACCUACCUCGCCGAUGGUGGCAGCGCCGGUGGCGAAAAGGGCCGUCUCUGGUGGCAGCUUGCAAAGGCGUACCGCUGGCCUCUGUUCCAGCAGUGGACGUUGACCUUUGUGCGCUCGAUUCUCGCCCUGUUCCCGCAGUACGUGCUCUACCAGUUUCUCGAGGGCCUCGACAAACACAAGGACGGAAACAAGGCCGCCAAUCCGCAGCUUUGGGGAUGGGUCAUCUCCCUCGGCGUCAGCCUGGUGCUGCAGGUCUGGGUCAACAGCAUUCAGCGCUGGCUCACUGCUAGCCGUCUUGAAGCGCCAGUCAGCUCGCUUAUCCAGGCGCUCAUCUUCCAGAAGGCGCUGCAUCUUGAUGAAGCUGCCGAACCCGGCCAGGCUACGGUAGGCGGCCAUACAAAGGUGGCCGGCCUGGACAAAAAGGACCCAAAGAAGAAGAACAGCGGGGACAUUCGUCAGUCCGUGGUCAACCACAUGAAACUAGACAGUGGCCGCAUGACGAUUUUCUGCACAUACAACUACUGGAUUCCCCUGGCUGUGUUCAAGUUGAUUUUGGCCGGCACCGCCCUGGGCCGUCUACUCGGCUGGACCGCCUUCUUGUCCGGCCUGGGCUGCUCUCUGCUGGUCUACCCGAUCAGUCAAGUCAUGUCCAAGAAAUACGCCACAAUCCAGUUCGGCCUGAUGAAGUACCGAGACGCCAAAUCGCAUGUCCUGACUGAAGCCCUUCAAGGCAUGCGCCAGAUCAAGUACUCGGCGCUUGAACAGAUCUACGAAAAGAAAAUCCUCGACAGCCGAAAUGAGGAGCUUCGUCAGUUCUGGCGUGUCGCCAAGUGGAUGUUCGGUCUCUCGCUCGUCAUCGCUACCGGACCUAUCCUGCUCUCCUGCGUCUCCCUGGCCAUCUACACCCUCACCACCCAAACACACGUCCGUGCCUCUGUCAUUUUUGCCUCCCUCGGCCUCUUCGACCAGCUCGACGAGGCAAUUGGAUAUUUGCCUUUGAUCCAAGUUUAUUUGAUGGAGGCCUGGACGAGCUGUGUCCGCGUGGAGAAGUACCUGAACCAGCCCGACCGGCCUCCUGUUUCUGUGCCUGGUGAAGCUAUCGUCUUUGAAGAUGCUACGGUGCGCUGGCCCAGAGCCGAAGAUGCAAUUCUAGAGACCGCCUCAGAGACUUCGUUGUCACCCUCGUCUUCUUCAGCACCAGACGUCCAGUCUUCGCUUGUCACCCCUUCCGACGACCAGCAAACUCGAUCUAUUCUGCGCAACGUCAAUCUUUCUUUCCCCGCCGGAGAGCUCAGUCUCAUCACCGGCAAAACCGGCUCGGGAAAGAGUCUUCUCCUGGCCGCCAUUCUCGGGGAGGUAAGGCUUCUGUCAGGUACCGUCAGAGUGCCCGAGGCGCCCCCCGUGUCCACAAUCGAGAGCGACAAGGCGACUGAUGCUGACUGGGUCCUCCCCUCGCUGACGGCCUUUGUGUCUCAAACACCCUGGAUUGAAAGCGGCACGUUCAAGGACAACAUUCUGUUCGGCAUGCCCUUCCGCGAGUCCCGGUACAAGAAGGUCUUGCAGGCUUGCGCUCUGGAAAAGGACAUCGAGCUUCUUGCAAACGGUGAUGCCACCGAAGUUGGGCCCAAGGGCGUGACACUGUCCGGAGGCCAGCGUUGGCGUGUGGCUCUGGCACGUGCUUUGUAUUCCCGUGCUGGAAUUCUCAUUCUUGACGAUGUUCUCAGUGCUGUCGAUGCCCAUGUCGGCCACAUCAUUGUCGAACAGGCCUUGUCGGGCGACUUGGCCAGAGGCCGUACGCGCAUCCUUGCCACCCACCACCACGAGAUGUGUCUCGCGCAUGCGUCCUAUCUGGUCAGGCUCGAAAGCGGCAGGGUCCAGAACGUUGAGAAUAUUGAGCAUGUCGAGGAGCCGUUGUUGUCAGCAGGCGUUGAAGCUUCCGCAGAAGAGGAGGCACAGGAUGCUGACUCAUCAUCAUCUGCAGCCCAGAUCGCCGCCAGCAAGAAGAAAGAUGAAGAGGGACGAGAGACCGGUCGCGUCAAGUCUAGGGUAUACCAGGAGUACAUAAAGGCUAGCAACUCGAUAUUCCUCUGGGUUGCUAUCAUGGCCUUUGUUGUUGUAGGCCGUUUAUGUGGCGUGGCCACAACCUGGUCGCUCAAGGAACUCGCCGGAAGCUACCAGUCCAACGAUACCUACGACAGCCUCAGCAGCCACAAAUUCAUCUCUCAGUCUGCUGAGCCGGAGCUAGUCUGGCAUGCCGCCAAUCUUCCGCACACGACUACAUCCACAUUACAGACCUCCGGCGAUGACUCGGCCUACCGACGGACGGCAUUGUUUUGGAUUUCGGCCUACAUUGUCUUUGAGCUAUGCAGCCUUCUUGUGGGAGCGAACACCCAGCUGCUGAUCAUGUUUACCGGCCUGCGCGCUUCGCGUGUUCUUUUUGAGCGCAUGACACACUCUAUCCUGCACGCGCCACUUCGCUGGAUCGACACCAUUCCCAGCGGCCGGAUCCUGAACCGGUUCACAUCUGACACCUUUAUUGUCGACCGGCGCCUUGCUAGCGAUCUGGGAACCUUCCUUUCGAGCUCGUUCGUCCUCGUUGUCAUCAUCGCCACCAGUAUCUCCGUCUCGCCAUAUAUCAUCAUCUUCGGCCUGCUCCUUCUCGUUGUUUACGGCCGUAUUGCGGUAUUUUACAUUGCCGCGGCACGUGAAGUGAAGCGCAUCAACUCAGUGGCGUAUUCCCCUGUGUACGACCAGUUCAGCUCAGUUUUGACGGGGCUCUCGACCAUUCGAGCGUUCCAGCGGCCGGAGUUUUACAUGGACCGCAUGUUUGGCCUGAUCGACAACGGUACCAAGGCCAGCUGGGCCAUGCAACUGCUGGCUCGCUGGAUGAACUUCCGGAUGGGCAUGUUUGGCGCCACCUUUGUCACUGUGGUGGCAACCUGCAUCAUCUUUGGCAACAUCAACGCGUCGCUUGCUGGCUUUGGCCUGAUCUUUGCUCUUCGAUACACCAGUGCGCUCAGUCGUCUCCUUGCCAACGUUACCAGUGUUGAGCUUGGAUUCAACGCAGCCGAGCGGAUUCUCGAGUACAUUGAAAUCGACACAGAGCCUGAGACCGGCAGGGAUGCUCCUGCUGCGUGGCCAACCAAGGGUCAUGUCGAGGUGGAAGACCUGACGGUUAGCUAUGCCCCCGAACUGCCGCCUGUCCUGAAAAGCCUCAACUUCGAGGCUCGACCUGGCGAGCGUAUUGGCGUUGUUGGCCGCACCGGUGCCGGCAAGUCGACGUUGGCUGCUGUGUUCUUCCGGCUGCUGGAACCGAGACAGGGAUGUAUUCGCAUUGAUGGAAUCGAUAUCGCCACACUCAAAUUGGAGCAGCUUCGCAGCCGUCUUGCCAUCAUCCCCCAGGACCCAUUUCUUUUUGCCGGAACGCUGCGCUCCAACCUGGACCUUGACGGCUCGAUAGAUGAUUAUGAUCUGCACCAAGUGCUCAGGAGAGUCCAUCUUGUCGAAGCGGACGAUGAGGAUACAGGCCCGCCUGUGACGAUUUCUGCCGUUGACCGAGGCACAGAUUUGCAAAUUGUCGAGGAUCAAACACAGGAAGAAGUUGCCCUGCUGAUAGAAUCAACUUUGACCGACUCAGCGACUGCAGACGAUGUACCGGAGAACAACACAGUCACAGUUGUGUCAGAAUCACCAACAGAGGUUGCCUCGUCGGUGCCUGAAGGUGAGGAAAGCGAUCAUACUGCCAACAAUGAUACCAGCAUUGCGGAUGAAGCCGAUAACAACAAUCGCGAUGUCGAUGACAGCAACAGCCCGAGACACACAUUCAAGGAUCUGGAUAUGCCCGUCUCAACUGGUGGUGGAAACCUGUCCCAGGGUCAGCGGCAGCUUGUUUGUCUAGCCCGAGCUUUGCUGACGCGGCCGAAGAUUGUCGUGCUGGAUGAAGCUACUUCGGCGGUUGACCGCGGCACAGACAGUGCCAUUCAGGAGUCUUUGCGUCGCGAAUUUGCAUCUGGUGGUUGUACAGUUCUCGUCAUCGCGCAUCGACUGAGCACAGUGGUGGACUUUGAUCGUAUUCUCGUCCUGAAGGAGGGUCGUGUCGCUGAGAUCGGGACGCCGAAAGAGCUGAUGGAAAAGGGUAUGGCUCUCGAUGCGUCUCAAAAGGAGGUCACGUCGGCUGCAGGAGAAGGGGGACUGAGCCAGACGUCUGAAGGAGACGUUGCAGAGGAGGAACGGGACGACAGCGGUGCCUUUUGGGAGCUGGUUAAGCGAAGUGCAGAAAAGGACAAGCUGGUUGGGAUGGUCUUUGGAGAGAAGGCGAAGACGGAAUGA